AAUUCAAAGUUGAGAACAUUUGGAUUUGACAUUGUGACAGAAGAUGAGAAGACAGUGUAUCCGUUAGCAACAGAAACACAAAAGGAAAUGGAGGAGUGGCUCCUGACCCUGGGUAAAGCUAUAGGACUCAUUGAAGAAGAAGACACAAUCGGUAAACUAAAAGAGCUGAGUGUGUAUGGUAAGGACUACCCCACACCUGAUGGAACUGGGAUCAGGGACUACAUACACAUUAUUGACCUUGCCAAAGGUCACGUGAGCUCCCUCAAUCUAGUUGAUAAAAACUGUGGACUUCAGAUAUUUAAUCUCGGGGCGGGUCGUGGUUAUUCAGUUCUUGAGGUGAUCGGUGGAAUGAGGAAGGCGAGUGGGCGGGAGGUAGCAUAUAAAGUUGUUGGACGGAGGGAAGGAGAUGUUCCUGUGUCAUAUUCUGAUGCUAGUAAAGCUGAGAGGGAAAUGGGUUGGAAGGCAUUGAAGGAUAUUGAAGAAAUGUGUUCUGAUGCUUGGAGGUGGCAAGUGAAGAACCCACAGGGUUAUAUUAACAAGAAGUAA